CUUUGAUAACAGCCAAUACCUAAUAAACUGGGUGAAUUGGCUCAUCGGAAGCCUGCAGACAUCCCUGAUUUAGGUGCUCACCCCUAAGGCAGGCGCGAUCUCUCUGGUGAGUAUUUUUUUGCUGUCUCCAUCAGUGGAUUACUUUCCAUCCAGAUUCCUGGGUCACUAUCUACCAUGGCACCACCCGAUUCUGUCAGAAUCAUAGGAUCUCUUUUGUAGAAUGGUUCCUCACAAGUACCAUGCUCUAACCGGGAUACUGACCUGACCAGGUACUUAGAGCCUCAUGCGCGUGUGCCGCACAAACCAGAUGAUACCAAAUCGAGUGGGCGGUACCGAAAUCCUGACGGUCUGAGUCGUCGACCCCACCAACCGGCGGGGAAAGAAGACGACGAAAAGGAAGGAGGAGCGCGCAUUGCGAUUGCUCCUCUUGCUCGGCUCUUAACUGGAACCUAGUAUCCCUCAAUAUGCCGACUGAGCUAGAAGAGCUUGUUGAAUUCCUACACCAUGGGAAUACGCCGAUCAGACAAAUCGCAUGCGAAAAUUUGGUUGGCUUUUCAGUCUCCCAGCCGGAGCUUUUCAAACGCCACCAGCUCCUACCAGUGCGCGAUCUGAAGCUCUUGGUCCGCGAUUACACACCUAUUGCCAAAAAUGCUAUAACGAUACUUAUCAACCUCUCGGCCGAUGAGGAAGUGUUGGCUUCUCUUGCCGAGGACGAUACUUUCAUUGAAACGCUUUUGGCACAAUUGACGAACAUCAAAGAGCCAAAUGCAGAUGAUGUCGCCAUGCUAUUUGCCAACCUCGCAAAAUCAGACAAGAUGGAGAGGUUGCUCACAUUGAAGCGGAAGAUUCCAGAGGCAGUGUCUAACUCUGUUAAUGCGAUCGAUCAGCUGAUGGACUGUUUUGUUAAAGGAGCCCAAGGCGCCCUUAACAAGAAUGCCAAUUUUGAUUAUUUGUCCUACUUGUUUGCCGACCUCUCGAAAUUUGAGGAAGGGCGGGCCUAUUUCACUUCUAAACAGGCCUACGACGAUGUCGUUCCUGUAACGAAACUAACCGUGUUCACAGAGCACACGAGCGCAAUCCGGAGAAAGGGAGUUGCAUCGACUAUUAAGAACGUUGCAUUUGACUUGCCCUUCCAUCCCAAGCUCUUUUCUGAAGAUGACGCCAAUAUUCUUCCUUAUAUAUUGUUGCCGAUCAUGGGUCCUGAGGAAUUCGCUGAGGAGGAAGCCAUGGAAAUGCUUCCAGAUCUCCAGCUGCUACCCCCCGACAAACAAAGAGAUAGCGACACUAGCAUCAUUGUAACACAUCUCGAGACCCUGCUGCUGCUGACCACAACACGCGAAGGGCGGGAUAAAAUGAGGGCCAUCAAAGUAUACCCUAUAGUUCGAGAGUGCCAUCUUCAUGUUGAUGAUGAGGAUGUUCGUGAAGCUUGUGAUAGGUUAGUUCAGGUUUUGAUGCGGGACGAAGAAGGCGAAGAAAAAUCCUAUCAGAACCAGAUCGAAGGGAAGAGCAACAUCGACUUUACUUCGCAGGACGAUGAUCAAAACAUCGAGGAGCUAUUUUGAAAAACUGCAUGUGGAUGGUGUAUGUGUGUCAGAGGGAAUCGGAAGUUGGUACCAAUAGAAGACGCUACUAGUCAUUAUAUACUCGGUACAUUAGAUUGCCAAUCUUAUACUCCAAUU